CCCCCCCCACCACCACCCACCAUGUCGACUAUCCUGCGUACUCUGCGUAAUCUGCGCAGAAUCGGUUUCAAGGAAUAUGGUCACCAGAUGCAGAACAUGGGUGACACCAAGGCCGGUACUCUGAUCGGAACCGACCGUUUCGGCAACAAAUACUUCGAGAACUUGGGAGAAGAGCUGCCUCUCCGCACGCGGUGGGUAGACUACAAGGUGUCGACAUACGGUGACGCCUCGGAGAUUGAGCCCGGCUGGCACGCCUGGAUCUCCUACAUGGUGGAUGCCCCUCCCACCCAGGACAAGAUCCUGCAGACCGGUCACCGCAUCUGGGAGCUGCCCGAUCACCGUGCCAACCCGACGCUCAGCCGUGGUGCCUUCAAGACCUACUCCACGACCCGCCCCAAGUUCAGCGCCUGGACGCCCGUUGCGGCUCCCCGGUAAAAACGACAAAAGCCUCGCUAUGGAAUGAUUUGGAUCCAGGACUGGGUGGAGAGGACCACUGCUGGGUCCUGUGUAAAUAAACAAAGAUGUCUGUCUGUCCGGUUUCUUUCUAGGUUGCUUGAAAUACAAAGGG